AUGGCGCCGAUCCUGCAUUUGCAUGCCUCCACGCCCAGAGCAGACACCCAAAUCGUGGUUCGAACCCGAUACAUGAUCAUGCUCGAAGAAUGUGAUCGAAGAAUCCCACUCAGUCACAAGACUUUAGCAGCGGUCUCACAGUGGAUUCUUCUAGCCGGUUACUUGGUGAUUCCCGGCACGUUUACUUCGCUUCAACGAUCAAAUUUGCUGAACGGCACGUCAGCCAGAAUCGUUCAGAUGGUUAAAAACCCGCCACUGUUAGCGAUUGCCUGCAUCUGUUUUGUCUUCGGAGCGGCUGUAUUGGUAUGGCUCGCGUGGAGGUGGCGGUACAACUACAUUUGGCUCUCUCAGUUAUUCCGACCUACGAUCGUCAAUUCACUGGCCGGGUUUCUGACCACACUGGUUAAUAUCUAUUCCGCGCAAGACGGGGACUGGUCUAUCAUGGCGCUUCUGACCGUGAUUCUAACCGUCGUGGUGAUGGUUGUGUCUGCGACACUGACCGCAUACUUUCGCUACGUGAUAUUGGCGGAUAUCGAAAGAGAACAUGAGCAAGAGAUGAGACAUGCUGCUCUUCUACGCUGGCGAACAGAACUCCAGCAGCAAUUGUAA